AUGAAUACGCUGGAACAGGUGAAUGCAACGCCACCGUAUGCCACAUAUGCGGACGGAAGUGCCCUGCGUGCAGUGGCACGGGAUCUUGUCGCGGAGACUUCCUCCGGAUUCGAGGCAUUGUAUGCGAAAUCGGGCCCUUCCUCCAUGCUACUCCCGACCAACAUUGGGACAAACCGUGUUCGAAGAGCGUGUAUAGACGGCCAGGGACGAAAGACCCGUCUACGACGGACAACCAGUACCACAGCAGCAAGGGAUUAUCCGAGACACCAGGAAAUGACGUUGGUGGCCUCGAGAGCGGUGAUGUCGAUUGAUCGUAGACAGGAAAGGAUAUCCCGUUGUGUUGGCAACUCGGUCGAACUAGAUCUCGCUCUCCGCAACAGAUUCUUACAGUGGAUUACCUUGCAUGGAGGAUAUCUGUACAGGAUCUUGCGGCGCAUGGAAUCUCGCAUCUCCCAGAGACGAUUCGGCGAAGCGCAUACAAGAAAUUGGUCUACCCCUGCAGAGAGUCUCACGCCUCGAUAG